UUGUCUUCUGCAACGGCAUGCGUCGUAACUGUUGAGUGCACGCAUAAUUAACUUAUCUCCACCUCUCCAAUCAGUCGGAGUGACUGACUCCUGAGUCUAUUCGCAGCUGCUCGGCUGCCCCUCUCCACUCCGGAUUUGGCAAAGAAAGGAACAGCUGCUGUAACGUUUUAACAAUUUGGGGGAACGCGACCCGGGACAUGGUGUCAGACGGAGGGGAAUCGGUACUCCGCCAGAGCCAGUAGAAUCAUGGCCGAGGACUACUGGGAGAGCGCAGUGGCUUUGGGAUAUUAUUGUUAAGAUUACAAGGGCAUACGGGAUCCCGCCUCCUCGGGCAGGCUGAUAGAACAGUGGCUGCCCCUCCUCCCCCCUCCUCUGCAUCUCGCCCCCCCCUGCCGCCGCUGAUGGACCGCAUGAGGAAGAUCAAACGGCAGCUGUCCCUGACGCUGAGGGGGGGCAACAGCAGCGACAAGUCCCUGAGCGAGACCAUCAGCUCCCAGGACAACGCGCACAGUGACUCCGAGGCUAUGCCAGUACGGGGCAGUGUUGGAGGCGGUAUUGGAGGCAUGGGUGGUGUCUCUGGCCCCGGCGGCGGGGGCCCCGAUGGAGGGGGCCUGCGGGGCCCCGGGCGCUCAGCUGGGGGCUCCCUCAGCAUGCACUCCCUGCUGCAGUCCUACAGCAGCGCCAUGCGCCGACCCCGCAGCCUGGGCCGCAGCCUCAGCUCCUAUCUCAACCACACCACACGCCUCGAGAUCGUCCAUGAGGACGUGAAGAUGGGCUCUGACGGAGAGAGCGAUCAGGUGUCGGCCACCUCCUCGGACGAGGUGCACAGCCCUGUACGCGUCAGGCUCCGCGAGAAACCCGGACGCAAGAUAUCCAACGAGGACAUCAAUAAGCGUCUGUCAUUGCCGGCGGACAUCAGGCUUCCGGACGGCUACCUGGAGAAGUUCAGCCUGAACAGCCCGCUCUUCGACAAGCCCCUCAGCCGCCGGCUACGAAGAGUCUCCCUGUCUGAAAUUGGCUUCGGGAAGUUGGAGACGUAUGUCAAACUGGACAAACUCGGAGAGGGCACGUAUGCCACUGUGUACAAGGGCCGCAGCAAGCUGACGGACAACCUGGUGGCACUGAAGGAAAUCCGCCUGGAACAUGAGGAGGGGGCGCCCUGCACUGCUAUCAGAGAAGUGUCUUUGUUGAAGGACCUGAAGCACGCCAACAUAGUGACGCUGCAUGACAUCAUCCACACCCAGAAGUCCCUCACGCUGGUCUUCGAGUACCUGGACAAAGACCUAAAGCAGUAUCUGGAUGACUGUGGUAACAGCAUCCACAUGCACAAUGUGAAGCUCUUCCUCUUUCAGCUCCUGCGUGGGCUAAACUACUGCCACAGGCGUAAAGUGCUGCACCGAGACCUCAAGCCCCAGAACCUGCUCAUCAACGACAAGGGGGAGCUCAAGCUGGCCGACUUCGGUCUGGCGAGGGCCAAGUCCAUUCCCACCAAGACCUACUCCAAUGAGGUGGUGACGCUCUGGUACCGCCCCCCGGACAUCCUCCUCGGCAGCACGGACUACUCCACACAGAUAGACAUGUGGGGCGUGGGCUGUAUCUUCUAUGAGAUGUCCACGGGGCGGCCGCUGUUCCCAGGAUCCACAGUGGAGGAGGAGCUGCACUUUAUCUUCAAACUUCUAGGUACGCCCACGGAAGAAACCUGGCCUGGAAUCACCGCCAACGAAGAGUUCAUCUCGUAUAAUUACCCCCGAUACCGUGCAGACUGUCUGCACAACCACACGCCCAGACUGUGCAAUGAAGGAGUGGAUCUUUUAUCCAAACUGCUGCAGUUUGAAGGGAGGAAGCGCAUCUCUGCUGAGGAGGCCAUGAGGCAUCCCUACUUCCACAGCCUGGGAAACAGAGUGAUCACACUGCCUGACACUACAUCUAUAUUUGCACUUCAAGACAUUCUGCUGGAAAAGGAGCCAGGAAUGCGAACAAACUCCCUGUCAGACUCAGUAAACAGCAUAUCUCGGCGACAGAGCCUGCUCUUCUGAGGGAAGGGAGUCCGGAGAGACGGAAUGCUACAGUGCGACAACAGGAACGGGUUGAGACAUUUCCGCGUGUGAUGAAGGGAUUCUAAUUUAACUUUGUACCUUUUUUUGUUUGUUUGUGUUUUGUUCAUUGUUUUUCUUUUGUUCAAGAAGUUUUUUGACUGUAAUUAUCUGGUCCUGUGGCAUUUUAGCGUGGACGGGGUCACUAGAUGUUUACAUUGAAAAUGCUGACAUUUUGAUUUUGAUUUCUUUUUUUUAUGAUAUAUAAUAUGCACUUCUCCUAAUCAAGGUUUACCACUCCAGUCAUGCUGUCAUUUUUUGUUUUUUUGUCCAAUUGUUUGGACAAAUUCCUUGGACGAGGGGAAAAAAGUUUUCUAACUCCCUUUUGAAAGGUUACAAUACGUCACACAAAUUCUGUCCUCUCAAUAAAAUCCUUAGAGGCCAACAACAAACGAGCAAAAAUAGUUGGCUCGACUAACUGAAAGAACAAAUCAACAAAAGUAUUUAGCAAUAUCUCUGACAAUAGACUAUGUGUUGUCGCUGUUAUCAGUAAUUGCUAUAAUGAUGAAGGAACAAUAAUCAUUGUUGGCUUGUCAUGUUGGAGGUCUCAUCAGUCACAGAUGCUGUUGAAUGUCAUGUCUGUAAAGUUAAAGAUGAGUACUCUACAAAAAGAGAAGAAGAAGGUGGGGGACACCUCUCUGUUAGUCUUCCACUGUUGCUUUUGCUAGUUUGAUACUCCCUCGUUCACCCUCACUCACCCCGAGCCACCCAUCCAUCCAUCUAUUCCCCAUCUCACACUGACACUGAGUGCACCAGAGACUUGUAUGGCACCACCUGACCACCAUUUUGGAAUGGCUUUUUGCUCUUUUCUGUCUCAUCUUCAGUUUACCAUUUUGUAUCUUUUUUUGUAAUUGAAAAAAGCAAAACCUCAACUGAGUUCUGUUGGUUAAGAUUUUACAGCAUGUAAGUGUCAUUAUUUUCAACAUGUCUCGGAUCAUCAUAUCACACUCUGACAUAAGGUUUACCUCUGUCAUACGGUUUGUAUUGUUUUGUUUUGUUUUGGCAUGUAAAAUGCCAUCUUUCUGUAUAUGGUCACACACCCCCCGCUACGGUCAUACCAAAGACUUGCCCACAGUCCAUAGGAAGCUGCUGUCAUGUCUGCCUGAGCUUCCAGCAUGGACUUGGCUACGGCCAGAACAAUGUUCUGUCCUGCAUCAGGAGUCAGAUUCUCCAGCAGGGCAGGGGGAUCAUUGCAGACUAUUCAGCCGAUCAGGAAUAAUAUAAUAAUAAUAAUUAAAAAAAAAACAUUCCUGAAAUGGCCUGUCUGUGCUCAUGGGUAGUGUGACCUGGUGGAGUGUUUUGCAUUGGUGGCAGGGGGUUGGAGGGCUGGUGCACUCUCUCAGGAUAGCCAUCUAAACAUCUGAAUUUGUUAUGCCCAUAGUCAGCAGAAUAGCACUGUGUUCGGUGUGACUGACCAUAUGUGCCCCCCUUACAAGAAUUAGCCAUCACAGAAAAGAAUAAAAAAGAAAACCAAAGUCGAGACGCUUCAAUACUGUUGCCCCUCUUUUCAGCCCUUGAUAUCAGCACUCAAUACUGCUCUCCCAGAAGCCCCGUAGGUGGCCGCUCAAUAGGGAUAGAUACUGUGUUUGUUUGUAAACAUCCCCUGUGUAUGUACAAGGCCGGUUUUUAUACAGGUUUGUCAUUUUUCAUUGAGUUUAAACGUCCUAGCGUUGAGUGGAGCCCCCUCAGUAAGUGUUUAGUUUGGUGUGAGAUGUGUGGCCCCCAUCUGAUGUGAUUCAUUGGCUUUGUAUGUGUGUGGCGUUCAUAUGUGUGUGUGUGUGGGUAUGAGGAUGAGAAUAUGUUUGUUUGCUCCAGUGAAGGGAAUGAGAAAGUGCAUGGCGGUAUUGUGUUGUGAAAGACUGUGGUACGUUGUAAAUAGCCUUAGAAUGUUUUCUUUUCAUUUCUUUCGCAGAACAGAGUACUGUGCAAUGAGAGGAACCUCUUAUCCAAUGUGUAAUUUUGAAAAAAUAAGGAUAUCAUUUUUGUUAUACUUAUAUCAAUAAUAAUUUUGUGUUCUUUUUUUUCUUUUUUUUUAAAGAGGAAAAAAUACAAACGGAUACUUCUUUAGGAAUCCUGAUUGGGGUGUAGAUACUUGGAAUUUUGUGUUCUUUUCUUUGUUUCUUUUUCUUUUCUUUUUUCUUUUGAUAGACUUUCCUCCUCUUCCAGUGGUGAAAAUGGCUGUACUUGUUAUGUACAGUAAGCUUUCACAAAGAGUUCUGCAUUGGAAUGCAUCAUCAUGGAAGGGCUGCUGUUCUAGCCAAUAGGAGAGAGGGAGACAAACUACCCCUCCCCUCCCAUCCCACCCCACCCCACCCCCUAUCGUCCUGUCCUGUCCCCCAACCGUACUGUAAGGCAAUAACUGUUGAACUACGCAAUAACCAAUAACAAUAACCAGACAUCUGUACCAGAAACGUACACACAGAUCUUCUCCAGUCAACUUAACAGUUUUCAUACACUUCAAUAAAACAACUGGACUCCCAUAUGACUACAGCAGACAGUAUACACAGACCAAGUGAAUGCAGCCAGCGACACAAAAAAACUCAUAGCUUCUUAGCCUUUUUAAUACACAUAUUGAGUAGUCCGGUUUACAUUUGAUUUAGAAAGGUGUAGAUGUUUUGUAAGAAAAUAACUGAAAGCAAAUGACAUACUGUACUGAGCCAAUACUAAGUAAAUCCUUGAAGUUUUCAAUAUGGAUACAUUGGUUUUUUUUUCUUAUGUGGUAAGAGAAGGGGGGGCAGUCUGUUUGUAUAAAACAUAGUAUUAUUUGAGGUUCAUCCAUUUUGGUAAUCAAAAAAAGGAAUCUGAAAGUGACAUGUGAGCUAGAGAUUACUUUUUUUGUUCAGUUGCCUCUUGUUUUCAAGCUGCAUUAUUGAGCUCUGUGAUAUCCCAAUGGCAGUGUGUGUGUGUGUGCGUGUGUACGUUGUGUCUCUCUGUGUGUGUGUGUGUGAGAGAGAGGGACAGGAAGCGAUUAGGCAAGAAGGGAGGUAUGCACGGAUCAAUUGUGUACAUUUUCAAACUCUGUACAUAUGUAUAGUUUCAAAAAUGGUACACACAUUGCAGAGCAAAGCAAUAUCAGACAAACAAGCACAUUUCACUUUGGACUGUGUCACAGGCUGACGGCCCACAAGUCAGUCAUCCAGGUUUCUUUCCCUGCCAUACGCAUGGGGACACACAUGCAACCCGAAAACUGAUCCCCCCUGUCUUUCUUCACUGAAAGCUGCUUCAUUAUUGAAAGAAAGCAAGCGCCACCUCCGUUACUUCACUCUGCAAUACAUAUUCACCAAAGCCAGAUUUAAUUUUGUGUGUAUGUGUGUGUGUGUGUCCGAGCGAGAACACUGAUGUGGAUCAUUAUGUUUGCCUGUGAUGGCUGUCAAAUGAGAAAACACAGGCUUCCCGACAGUACUCAUGACUUGACUGUUGUACUAACUUGGCUGCACUGGGUCCCACAGAACAGACUAUCCAGAUUAUCACCUCCAUGACAAUAAAAAACACCCUUUCUUUCA